AAAACCCGUAAGGGGGCCUUUAUUUCCACAAAAGCGUACGUACAUAAAAGAUUACGUUUAGAUAUCAGUUUAUCAAAAUUGGCAAGCUUGAUAAACUCAAAAAGCUCUUUACAUUUUUCGGUGGAUUUCUACACCAAUGGUAAAUUAGAAAUCAAAUAAAUGAUUGUGAAAUUUUCAGGUAACUUUAACAGCGUCGAUAGAGAAGCAAAGACAUGAAACCUAAAGACAACACGGUGAGGGUAGAAAACUCUCGAAUCGGACAAUACGCCCAAGAACCCUCGCAGCAUUCUCCAACACCUAGUCAAGCUAAACAAAGCUCUGUUGCCAUUGAAAACCAAACACUCCGGGAAAAAAUCUAUCCUGACAUGAAAGCAAGCGCUAGAAAACGUAAAACCCUAAUUGAGUGGAUUAGAAAGUACUUAUUAGAAGGGCAGGCUUUGACAGCCACUCAAACCCAGGCCCUUGAAGCGCUUUGCGCCGAUGCUCCAUGGUACGAAAAGCUAAUUGUGAAACACCGCCGUCUGGUGGGCGUGGCCAUUCCUUUUACGUUCUUCCAAGUGAUUUGGUGGAGCUGUGCGGUCAAGUACAACUUUUGGAGACUGUUUCCUGACAGAUUUUUCAUGUCCAUAACAAUGAUAUUUGGUUCCAUGAUUGCAGGAAUGAGCAGUGAAGGUGGAGGCGCAGUAGCAUUUCCCGUCAUGACCCUCGCUUUUGGCAUAGCACCAGCAAUAGCACGUGACUUCUCACUGAUGAUUCAGUCCUGCGGUAUGACAGCAGCGGCUUUCACCAUCUUCUGGAUGCGCGUGCAGCUUGAAUGGCAUUCCAUAAUAAUCUGUUCGCUUGGAGGAGUCGUUGGCAUGGUGAUCGGUUUGGAGCUUAUUGAUCCUUACCUCACACCACCCCAGAAGAAAAUUGGAUUUGUCUGUGUGUGGUUUUCCUUCGCCUUUGCUCUUUUCCUGUUAAACCGUUACCACAAGCGUAAGACAUUCAAAGUUAUCUCAGACUUCAAGCUCUGGAAGAUGAUCGUCCUUUUACUGACCGGGUUCAUAGGCGGAAUCUUCUCUGCUAUCGCCGGAAGUGGCGUGGACAUCUGCAGCUUCAGUAUCCUCACUCUUCUCUUCCGCAUCACAGAGAAGACUGCCACGCCCACCUCUGUCGUCUUAAUGGCAGGAAACACCGUUGUUGGUUUUUACUGGCGUCAAGUCAUGCAACAGGCAAUCAGCGCUGAGGCUUAUUACUACCUUGCAGUUUGCGUCCCCAUUGUUGUGCUGGGUGCUCCACUUGGAUCUGUCAUCGGUAGCCAUUUUCAUCGCCAAAUUCUGGCGAGUUUGAUUUACAUUUUGGACACCGUGGCCCUUAUCAGCGCGUACGCAAUAGUUCCUCUCACCAAAGUAUUGAUUGGACUGUCCGUGGGUAUCAUAGUGUUCGGAUUUCUCUUCUUUGGCCUCAUCGCUUAUGCCGGACAGAGAAUCAUGGAGGGAGUUAAAGAAGGGAAUGAAAAAUUGCUGCAAGGUCAAGUCAGGUUCAUGGAAGAAUCCUACAACACAGAUCUUAACGACAAGCACGAGGUGCCUCAUCGUGAGGUUGACGUUGUAACGCUAACAAUGCUGCAAGUGAGUUGUAGAGGAGAAGAUAAAGUUCAAAAACUGGACACUCUCUUGGAGACAUGAAAGAAGUUUUCAAUUGACCAUAUUCGUAUUCUCGGUAUUGGACUGGAGCCAGCUUGCAACCGAGGCUAAUGCGGGAAGCUUUUAAAAUGCAAAUGACAUUCAUCCCUUUUUAACGAUAUUCUCACGAGCGAGCUUACAUUGUCAGCUAUUACCAGUUCAUUACGGUUACGGACCAUUACGAAUAUGGCCUGCUAAGUUUGUUAAAGAGGUACAAUUCACAUGAGAAAGCUAGCCAUAAUACUUCAUUUUUUAGCUACUAUUACUAAUAACAUCCACACUAAAUAUAAUAACUUAAAUUUGCAGAAUUUUAAAUAAACAAUGUUCAAUCUUCUGGAGACUGUAUAAACAAAAUGACACGAUAAGAGAACCAAUCAGGUACGUGGGUUUCCAUCUAGUAGAACACGGCUGAGUAAUACAUGAUUGAUCAAGUUUAAACAAAAGAAAUCACAACUGUGACGGCGUUUGGAUAUCUGAUGUUAAUUAGCACAGAUUUCAACAAUUUUAUUUCUCCAUUUUACCCUCAUGUUACUCCUUGGUCUUAGUUUCGAUUGAGAAGAUAUAUCAAGUACUCGGAACGUGUUUUAUCACAUUUCCAAAAAUGCACCUCGAAGGUCGUAUUUCAAUUCUCAUCUCGGUGUUUGGAAGUGCUGUAAAACAUGGUUUGUUAUGUUUGAUGUAUUUUGCUGCACUUAGACUGGGCUUACUUCACUGUGUAAGUUUCAACAUGGCCAGCUUGUCACUAAGUUAGGAUCUUUCUCCAAUCUCGAUUAACGAAUGCUUUCAUCAGUUUAAAACUGUUCUUUAGGGUUUAGCCGAAAGCAUUGUCAAAUAUUUGCCACAAGUGGCAGUAACUGUUGUUAGUUGCUGUAUCACUGCAGUAACUUGUUGUAGAAGAUGACCCGGGGGGACACCCAUAUAAAAAGGACGGGGGGUGCUGGUCGGAAAUUUUGAAAAUAACCCCCUAAGAGGUACCAUGAUCCUGUUCUGUGGGCUCGGCUUGAAAUUUUUUUUCACCCCUAAGAGGUAACAAUUCUAAACAACACAUAAACUGACACUUGCAUAAUUUUUAGCAGCGAUAAAGACGAUUACUUUGCAUACCUUCUACUCAUAAAGUUGCUGGUCAAAUAUCUUCUGUCAUAUUUUUUUGGCUCAAUACCUUAUAAGGUACCGUGAAAGCUCCCGCUGUCGACAUUUUGAGGCUAAAUACCCUAUGACCUAGUUUAUAGUUGAAUUUAAUUCAGACGAAUUUAAUUCAAAUUAAAUUCGUCGAUCAGUCGACGAUUAGUAGACGGGUGAUUUAGACUUCGAAAUUAAUAAGACGAAUUUAAUAUUCUGCCCGAGCCUUCCGCAUUUAUCUGACCAGCGGCGGGCACCAGGGCGGGAAAACCAAAACGAAAUGGCGAGGUUUACCAAAGCUUUAUUGCUGGAGAAAAUGUCCAGAGAAAGACAGCGGAGGAGAGAGUUGCGACGUCGAAUCUUGACACUGGUUGUAUUGAAGAAAAAGUUUCUUACUGGAAUGUGUUUCAGUAUUGAUUUGUCUGUUGUUUCAAUCCU